UCCUACUCUUGUUUAAUAGAAUAUAUAUAAUUGUGACCUCUUCAUCUAUAAAUUAAGUACCUAUACCAUAAAUAAUUCGAGUUGCUUGCCUUGUUGCGUUGUGCUUUGCGAUUUGGUUUACACGACCUGCGGAAAGUCGUCAUCAAUUCAAUCAGUAUCAUUGAAUUACGUGAGUUUUUCUGAUAUAAUUGAUAUUUAAAAUGCUCGAAAGAAAACUUUCCAAGCUGCACAGUGCUGAAACAGUUUUAUCGUGAACGUGAAAAUAAGGACUUACGGAAAUGGUGUCAUUGAAAGCCUUUCUAUUUUCUACAUUUUGAACGUAUAUGUAUAAGUGCCUACUAGUGCGCUAAUCAGCAUGAUGACUGACCAGGAAGUAUUUUCAUUGUACGACAGCAGUCCAGAUUCCUUGUUCGAUUUAUGUAUGGCUUACAUCGUUGAAAAUUUGAACACAAUUACAAAGUUGGAUCCCCCCAACAAAUAUCGAAAACUUAAAGACGAUGUCGUGCUACCAGCUGAAAUCUGCGAUAAAUUCCUGAAGACCUAUCAGAAGAACAGUCGCGUCAGUGAUAGUACAGCAAAUCUGUUCAGAGAUCGUACGCGAACGCGAUUGGAUUCCGUAAGGUUGCGGAAUUCUCGUAUUACAGAUGAGGGUCUCCUUUAUUUUAUGUCUCACAAACCCUAUGAGGUGGACUUAGUGCAGUGUGAGUAUCUGUCAACUGCCUCCUUAGAUAUCAUAAAUAGCAACAGUGAAAAUCUAGUCUCUCUGAAGUUUGGGCCUUCAACAUCUGUCAUACCUCAAGAUGAAAGUUUAUUUAGACAAAGGGGAUAUGUUAUCAAUGCUCCCAAUUUAAGACGGUUGACGAUUCAACGGCGAGGGGCUGCUAUAUUUCCCUUAUUGCUUCUAAAGCCUCUCACCCACUUGACACAUCUUGAUUUGUCAGAGUGUGCAUCGGCUGCUUCCAUAUGGGCACUAACAGAAUUAAAAAACUUAAAAUCUCUCGUACUACACAGUGUCCAUUGGUCUAAAGCUAUUGUGAUAGAUUGGAUAUCAAGUUUAAGUUCUCUGCGACACUUGGACAUAUCUCAGUCUAAUGACAGACAUGGCAAAUAUUUCUACCCCAAUGAUGUGUUGUCCAAACUGGUCACAAGCUUGCCUCUACUGGAGUCCUUGGACAUUUCUGGUACCAAUUUAGCUGGAUCAGGAGCAGCUGCAGUUGUGGCUGCAGCUAAGAACAGUGCACUAAAUAUCCAGGAACGUUGUGAUAUUCCUGGGCUAGUGAGUCGAGUCAACAGGCCUUUAGAGUUCCUUGGACUCUAUGGAACUCUUCAUGGUGCGUGCAAAAGACAUGACAUACCAGCCAAAGUGAUAUCAGGAGAUGCAAAUGAAGAACAAAUCCUUACUGCGGCUGUUGCAUACAUGGAUAGACCAAUUAUGUUGGCACGAGUACUCAAUGAUCUCUAUUAUUUAUUUCGCUAUGAAAACAAUGCUUAUGUUGGCAGAGCCUUAAGCGUUGUCUUGGAUGCUAUGGAUCAACAUGUCUUAGAGAAACAUAUCCAAAUAUCUGGAAGUGCCACUUUAUUCUAUAUAGUGAAAGGCAAGGAAAAAAAUCGUAUUGGAAUCAAGUUGAAAAGACGAAUUAUCACUGCUCUUCUUGAUGGCAUGGAAGCACAUCUUGGAGAUGACACUAUGAUGAGAAACGGUUGUCUUACACUGUGCCAGUUCAAGAUCCCAACUGAUGUGUUGUUUGAAUAUGAACGGGUCGUUCAGAUCUUGCUGAGCGGAGUAGCCGAUGUAAACCUUGAAGGGUUUGUACAGCGCAUUGCUAUAUACCUGCUGAACUCACUAGCUUGCCAAGUUGAUGGCAAGCAGAAGCGCUUCCUUGGCAACAAUGGGGCUAUAGGGAAAAUGUUGAAUCUGAUCUCUCACCGACUGGAGCGGCGCGUGUGCGACGACGUACUGGAGGUAGCCUGGUCCACAAUGUGGAACGUCACCGACGAGACGCCGCAGAACUGCCAGCGCUUCCUCGACAACUUCGGCAUGAAGUACUUCCUCGAUUGUCUCGAGAGAUUCCCCGACAAGGAGGAAUUAUUGCGCAACAUGAUGGGGUUGUUGGGGAACGUGGCCGAGGUGGCCGCACUUCGUCCGCAACUAAUGGACAAAGUCUUCCUCGGCGUCUUUUACGACCUCCUCGAUUCCUCCAGCGACGGCAUCGAGGUGAGUUACAACGCGGCGGGCGUGCUGGCUCACAUGGCGUCUGACGGGCCUGAGGCGUGGACGGUGGAGGAGCCGGCGCGCGCGGCGGUGCUGGCCCGUGUGGCCGACGCCGUGCAACGCUGGGACCUGCGCGCCGAGCGCAACAUCAACUACCGCUCCUUCGAGCCCAUACUCAACCUCCUCCAUGCGCAUCACACGCCCCAGUGUCAGCAUUGGGCCGUCUGGGCGUUGGCCAACCUGACUACUGUCUACCCCGAAAAAUAUUGUAACCUUGUAGAGUCAGAAGGUGGGCUGAAACUGCUGCAAGAGUUGAUCGAGCACCCGGCGCCCUACAAGCUGGUGAAGGAUCUCGCGCACGUCGUCAUCCACAACUGCUCGCUGUACGUUACCCCCGAGGGCUCUCCGCCGAACCCGCUCUCUCCGGACAACUAACUAAUGGAGUUCUUUGGGGAAAUUCUUCCUCAUGUGGAGUAGCCGUCAGAGCAUUGUCUGCUGCAUGACGCCUAGCCUCGGCCGCCACGCCCCCUUAGUGUAACCGCUCUGACUACUCUGCAACUAAUGACGUGGUAAACAUUAAAAUCCUGUGUCUGUGUUAGAAUUAAACGUGAAAGACGUUAGUGAGUGACUCUUGAGUGUUAACCCUGGAAUCUGAAACAGUCCCAUGUGACAUUGAACUGCUCUUAAAAGGCAUUAGUUUUCAAACCUAUGCUACAUUUACUUGGAUGAGCUUAUUUUCAUGAUGUCUUAGGAUAUAUUUAAAAAUAUGUAGGUAAUAAUGUUUACCUAAAUGAGAAACUAUGAAUUUCAAUCAAUGUACUAUAUAGUACUUACGUUAAAAAUACCUUUAACUACAUAAUUGAUAUAAUUAAUAUAUUGAAUAGAUCUAUGGAGAUAUUUCUGUAUACCUAUUACUUUCUUACAUGUUUGCAUUAAUUUAUUAUUGUGUUAUUAUACUCAUAGCAGAUAGUUUUAUUUAUAAUGCUGAUUUUACAAGUCCCAUUAUUUGGUCUACAUCAUGUUACAUCACACAAUAUAUUUAUGAAAGUGUGAAUGUCAGUUUAGACAUCAUCUCUCAGUCUGGUAGAGAUUACUGUUACAAUGCUAAGCAUUGUGGCGUGUAUGUUACCCUACCAAGAAAAUGUCAUUUAGAGUGGUAUGAGUAAAAUAAUAAUUAACCAAUUAUAUUAUUAGGUAUAUGAUGUCUAGAAAUGUAUGAAAUAAUCUCAAAUUAAGAGCUGCUGUAUAUUACUUCCACAAAAUGUAGUUUUAGAGAAAUAUAAUUCUGCAAAACGUUACCCCAGCAGGAAAUGCAAUAUGUUGACUGGUACCAUGAACGCGCACACAUAAUAAAUUCGAAGACACAUACUAUCAUAACUAGAAGUGCCCAUGCACAAUAUUCUCUCCCUGAUCAUUAAUUUAGAUAUUUCCAGCAGGAAUGUUUUUUUUUAAUACUACACAACACAUCCAAAUUUUUUUUCGUCGUGGAUUCCCAGUAUAUUUGUCAAUAUUAUGUUCUAGAGAUCUCUUCAAAAGAUACUCUCCUGCUGGGGUAACACUCUUUAGUAGCAUUUGCGUUACAUCAGUAUUUGCAUCUGUUAUAUGUUAGCUAUUUACACUUUCACAUUGAUAUAUUGCCAAAAUAAAUUAAUAAAUUAAUCACCAUCAAUGAUAAAUUAAUUGAUGAUUAUGAUUAAUGCUAUUUUGAUAGCAUAAUAGAUAAAGUUAAUAUUCGAGUGCAUUAAGCAUGUGCUUUGAUAUCUAUUAUUUUAUAAACCUUUAAUUGUAUAAAAUCAUUUUUCGGUCACUAAAGAAAUAUUUUAAUUUAGGCUAUUCUAAAUUCUGGCUCGCAUGAAAUCAAGUGUAUAAAAAUGUAUGUUGUCAAAUCAUUGUAAUUUCAAAAAUACACAAAAUUAUUGUAAAUAUCAAUUCUGAGGAAGUAAAUUGAAUUUUUCAAAUGUUCUUACAAGUAGUGGAAUGUAAUGCAUGUCAAUGAAUAAAACUAAAUAUUUCAUUUUUAGUGCAUAGGGAAGUGAUAGAGUGAAGAAAAUACCAAUAAUAUUCAAAUGAAUGCUUAUUAUACCCGAUAUUUAUAAAGAUUUGGGUAGAAGAUGUAAAUUCUUCCUCUUGGAGUGUUAACUGGCACUUAUUUUUAAGUGAGUUGUGGGGGCCACGUGCUUUAUUUAUCUUUGAUUAAGGUCUUCUAAUUUCAUGUCUCAUAGCGCCGCUUCAUUGAGGUCAUCUAUUUUACCAAUUAUUAAACUUCAUAUAUAAUCCAUGCUUACUUCCGUAAAUUGUAGUAUUAUUCGUACAUAAAUAACAGUUUAUAAAUGGUCAUUAAUCAUAUAUUUGGUGUUUAGUACAUAGUUUCAAACAGUUAUAUCUAAUAGUUCGUAUUAGCUUGGUAAUACCGCCCAAGUUACGAAAUACGUGGGACAUGCUUGCAUGAUACAUAGCAUAUAUUUGUUUCCUGCCUAAUUACGGUCCGUCCGUUAUAACGUAAAGCUUUGAGGAUUGUGGUAAAACUCGAUUGGUUGAUAUAAAGUAUAUAAUACAACACGGGUUGAGCAAAACAGGAUGAUGUGUAGUACUUAUUGAUCACAACUUAAUAAUGUAAUAUAUAUAUAUAUUCAGAUUAUAUAUAUAUAUAUAUAUAUAUAUAUAUAUAUAUAUAUAUAUAUAUAUAUAUAUAUAUAUAUAUAUAUAUAUAUAUAUUCAGAUUUCCGUGGUUUAGACGAAAUACUCAGAAUGCAGUUGGUUUUUCUUGCCACCUAUCGGCCUACUCCUACGUCACCCGGCCAAAAUUUAUUAAAGUUCUAGGCUGUAGUAUUUUGAAUAUAGAAAUAAUGAUAAGAAUCAUUAAUGUGACGGCAUCGUAACUUGGGUUAAUAGUACAUUCAGAAUAUUCAAUUACAUAAACGUUAAAUAUUGGUGUGGCUUUCUAUGUUACUAGAUAUAGUAAUAGACGAUAAGCUUCUUUCCGACUUUAUGGGCAGUCAGUUAUCGUCUCUAUUCAGUUACCCUUAAUGAGUUUAACUCACCUAUUGGAACUAUUAGUAUAUUGGUAUGCGCUAUUUUACUCCUCAACAGUUUUCACAAUUUCUUCAUUCGUCCAUUUGAUUCAUCUCCACUAUGAGCCGUUUGUAAUGUUGAACUAAUAUUUAUAUUAUGUUAUGCGUUUUUGUUAUAUUUAAAACUUCACUUAUUUACAAAAACUAAAUGUUGAUAUAAUAUAUUAAUUCUAUAAGUCUUACUGUCUUAAAAAGAUAAAUGUGUUUUAGAAAUUAAUAUGUUAUCAAUAAAUAAAUAAGUAAAUAUAA